AUGAGCGCGAACCCGGUAUACCAUGCUCAGUCCAAUCACAUUGACCUUGAUGUCCACUUUGUGCGUGAGAAAGUAGCAGUAGACCAGCUAAGCCAUCUGACGGUGAAAUGGGCGCAGAGAUCAGAUGAAGUCUUCAUUACCAUUGAACUUCCCGAUGCUCAGGACGUGAAGCUUAGACUGGAGCCUGAAGGCAGAUUUUUAUUCUCUGCCACAAGUGGAGUGGACAAAAUUACCUAUGAAGUUGAUUUGGAUCUGCAUGACAAAGUCGACGUCGAUGGAAGCAAGGCUGGUGUUGGAAAUAGAAAUAUCACUUACCUAGUGAAAAAGGCCGAGAGCAACUGGUGGAAUAGAUUGCUGAAACAGGAAGGGGGACCUCCUGUGUUUUUGAAAGUCGAUUGGGAUCGACUGGUCGAUGAAGAUGAGGAGGAUCAGGACACUAAGCCCGGACCUGAUAUGGACUUUGGUGGCUUCGACUUUUCCAAGAUGAACAUGGGUGAUGGUGAAGGCUUUGAUGCGGUAGAAGAUGAUGACGUGAUACAGAAGAUGAAAUUGUGGAAGAAAUAUCAGCUUCGAAGAAAGAUGCCUCAUCAUACGGUGCUGAACCUGAAGUCAAACGUUUAG